AUGGCUCUAGACGCGGUGAACGUGAGCCGCGUGGACGCUCCGGGAUGCGGGAACUUUACGAACGUGAGCGCGCUGAGUCCGGACUGUAACCAGACCAACACGAGCGCGACCGGACUCAUCAAACCCACCGCCAAAACCAAAGAGAUGGACUCGUUCCGUAUCCUGCUCUACACUCUGAUCUUCCUCAUCAGCGUGUUUGGGAACCUCCUCAUCAUCAUCGUCCUGGCCCUGAACAAACGCAUGAGGACGGUGACCAACUCCUUCCUGCUGUCGCUGGCGGUGAGCGACCUGAUGAUGGCGCUCUUCUGCAUGCCCUUCACCCUCAUCCCAAACAUCCUGGAGGACUACAUCUUCGGAGAGGCCAUGUGCAAGAUCACCGCCUACUUCAUGGGCAUCUCCGUGAGCAUCUCCACCUUCAGCCUGGUUGCCAUAGCGAUCGAGAGGUACAGCGCCAUCUGUAACCCGCUGAAGUCUCGCUCGUGGCAGACGCGCUCUCACGCCUACAGGGUCAUCGCUCUGACCUGGGCUCUGUCCCUGCUGCUCAUGGUGCCGUACCCGGUGUUCAGCGCCAUCAAGAGCUUCAACAAACCCGGAGGGGUCAAAGGUCACAUGUGCAGACUCAUCUGGCCCAGCGGCACCGCCGAGCAGGCCUGGUACAUGAUCCUGUUGUUCGUGCUCUUCUUCGUUCCUGGUGUGGUCAUGAUGGUCGCCUACGGACUCAUCUCCAGAGAACUGUACAAGGGAAUCCAGUUUGAACUGAACCAGAGCCAAGAGCCCGCAGGUCAGCAGAACGGUGCAGCCCGCCCCAUGAUGUCCGACGACGACGACGGCUGCUACAUCCAGAAGAAGACGCCCUCCUCCGUGGAAAUGCCCACCCUCUCCGCAAACGCCAACGCCAACGCCAACGCCAACGCGGGCAAAACCGAGCGCGCGCGUAGCAACACCUCCCAGGCCAAGCUCCAAGCGAAACGCCGCGUCGUGCGCAUGCUCAUGGUCAUCGUGGCUCUGUUCUUCAUUUGCUGGAUGCCGCUGUACAUCGUCAACACCUGGAAGGCGUUCGACCCGAAAACGAUCAUGAAAGCUUUAUCCGGCGCGCCCAUUUCCUUCAUCCACCUGCUGUCUUACACCUCGGCGUGCGUCAAUCCCGUCAUUUACUGCUUCAUGAACACGCGGUUCCGGAAAGCGCUCUUCUCCACCUUCUCCUGCCUCUGCAACCAUCGGAUCUGCAACCGGAAAAAGGAGCACCACGACGACGGGUUCACCGCCAUGUCCACGGCCACCUCCAUGGCGACGUCCAUGUCCAAGUUUAGCUACACGACGGUUAGCUCGGUGGCUACGUGCUAA